CCACCCUAAGCCCACCCCCAAUGCCUCCCUCGGUCCCUUCCUUCCUCCUCCACCACCUCCAGCAGCUAAACUCUCUUUGCAACAUAGUUAUCUAAACCCUCUACACUUCUAAACUCACAAGAAAACAUAAAUGGGUCAAGAAGAUCACCGGCGGGUGGCAAUCCCGCCGCCGCAGCCAUUUGUGAAGUCACUGAAGAACACUCUAAAAGAGACAUUCUUCCCCGAUGAUCCACUCCGGCAAUCCAAGAACCAGCCGCCGCGCCGGAAGUUCCUAUUAGCUCUUCAGUAUCUCUUUCCAAUCAUCGAAUGGGGUCCUAAAUACAGCCUUAACUUCUUCAAGUCUGAUCUUAUUGCCGGAAUCACCAUAGCCAGCCUUGCAAUUCCUCAAGGAAUCAGUUAUGCAAAACUUGCAAACUUGCCACCAAUUCUUGGCCUAUAUUCAAGCUUUGUUCCGCCAUUAAUAUAUGCAGUCUUUGGAAGUUCUAAGGAUUUAGCAGUGGGGACUGUUGCUGUUGGAUCACUCCUUACAGCUUCUAUGUUAGGCAAUGUAGUGAAUGCAAAUGAGAAUCCAAAACUUUAUCUUCAUCUUGCUUUUACAGCAACCUUUUUCACUGGCCUCUUCGAAGCUGCUCUGGGCAUUUUCAGGUUAGGGUUUAUAGUGGAUUUUUUAUCCCAUGCAACCAUAGUAGGGUUCAUGGGAGGAGCAGCCACUGUUGUGAGCCUUCAACAGUUAAAAGGGAUUCUUGGCCUCGACCAUUUUACAAGUGCUACAGAUGUUGUGUCCGUCAUGCGUUCGGUUUUUAGUCAAAGACACAAGUGGAGAUGGGAAAGUGCCGUGCUGGGAUCCGGUUUCCUUUUCUACCUUCUGCUUUCCAGAUAUUUCAGCAAAAAGAAACCAAAGUUGUUCUGGAUAUCGGCAAUGGCACCACUAACAUCAAUUGUCUUGGGAAGCCUUCUUGUUUACCUCACUCACGCUGAAAAGCACGGCAUCCAAGUGAUAGGAUACUUGAGGAAAGGGAUAAAUCCUCUAUCAAUAAUGGAUCUGGAAUUUGGAUCGGCUUAUUUGACCACAGCAAUCAAAACAGGGAUAGUCACGGGUUUAAUUGCUCUCGCGGAAGGCAUUGCAGUGGGCAGAAGCUUUGCCAUGUACAAGAAUUACAACAUUGAUGGGAACAAAGAGAUGAUUGCUUUUGGAAUGAUGAAUAUUGCUGGUUCUUGCACUUCCUGCUACCUCACCUCAGGGCCGUUCUCGAGAUCAGCAGUGAACUUCAAUGCAGGAUGCAAAACAGCAGUUUCUAACAUUGUCAUGGCAAUUGCAGUGAUGAUAACACUGUUAUUCUUAACUCCAUUGUUCCAUUACACUCCACUUGUUGUUCUGUCCUCAAUUAUAAUUGCUGCAAUGCUAGGCCUCAUUGAUUAUGAAGCAGCCAUUCAUCUUUGGCAUAUAGACAAAUUUGAUUUCUUAGUAUGUAUGAGUGCAUACAUUGGUGUUGUCUUUACCAACAUUGAGAUUGGUUUAAUCAUGGCGGUUGGGAUAUCAUUGCUUAGAGUAUUGUUGUUUGUUGCAAGACCAAGAACCUUAGUUCUUGGUAACAUCCCGGGUUCGGAAAUUUACAGAAAUGUUGACCAAUACCCCAACACGAAUAAUGUUCCGGGAGUUUUAGUACUCGAGAUUGAUGCUCCUAUUUACUUUGCUAAUGCAAGCUACUUGAGAGAAAGAAUUUCAAGGUGGAUCGACGACAAGGAAGACAGGUUAAAGUCCUCUGGAGAAACCAGCUUACAAUAUGUUAUACUUGAAAUGAGUGGUAAGUACUGUGACAUUUGGAUCUUUAAGGAAAAAAAGUACCUAAAGUCUAUGUUGGACUCUACAACAAAAAUUUUAAGGGUAUAUUGGGUAUUCUAGAGACGCGUUAAACCA